UAUCUCUUUAAAAGAACAAGUUACAACUUUACUGUUUGCCUGGGUUGCUUCGCCAGCGACUUCUCUUCUCUCUGCAACUUAUCGGUUUUCGGAACUCCUCACCUUUCCCCUGGAAAUGACAGCGACUCCGAUGGCCCUCAGACUCUUCUGAAGCUGCGCCUCCUAAAUGCGUGGGGGUCUUAUGGCCUCAAGAAUCCUACAUUAAUCUUCAACUACUGCACUCUUUGGAAUGAUGAGGAGGGUACUUUGAUUCAGGGCACGGCUCCUUCGGAACUCACGCGCCAUUUCUCUCCGCUUCUGCAGUUGGGUAGCGUUUACUUCGUGAGCAAUUUUCGCGUCAAGCCACCGGCCCCUUCGUAUCGUUCUUGCUCUCAUAAGUUGACCAUCAUCCUCUCUGCCGCUACACAGUUCGAAGACGUGACCCGUUCGUCACCUUCAUUCUGGCCGGAUGCGUUC